UUGUGUUAGGAAUGAUGGGUUCCGGGAAGACGACAGUGGGAAAGAUUAUGGCAAGAGCACUUGGUUAUACAUUGUUUGAUAGUGACACUUUGAUCGAGCAGGCGAUGAAUGGAACUUCUGUAGCUGAGAUAUUUGAGCAUAUCGGUGAGAGUGUUUUCAGAGAAAAAGAGGUUGGUGUAUGCACUUCUUCGGUUCUUCCUCUAGCAUUUCUCUGUAGUUGUAGAAAAAGAGGUUGGUGUAUGCACUUCUUCGGUGCUUCUUUGUAUACUCUUGCUGCUAAUUGUGUUGAACUAGAUUGUGUUGAACUUUGUUUACAACAGAACUCGAAUUGUUCAGAUAUUGCAUUGAAGCUCGGUUAUAAAAGCGUCCCAGAUCUUACACCAACUGAAAUCGCCAUUGAGGCCUUUGAGCAAGUUCAGAGCUAUUUAGACAAUAUAGCUAGACCGGAUGGCCUCUAGUUCCACAAUGAUAUGUUUCCCCGCAAAUUCUCAUGAAUUUACGCGUUAUCAGAGCUUAGUUGUGCCUAGUUUUGAGUGUUGUACAUAAAUGAAUAAUAAUACUAUGUUUGAUCACAUUGUUUUUGUUUCCUCGUAAACAAAAGAAAGAAGAGGAAUUUGUAUUUUAUAAUAAGAUGGUAAGAAGAAGCCCUUGUGCAACAACUUCAUCAGCGAGUCAUCAAGAUAGAGAAAGCCACUUAUGUGUAAUAGACGACCAAGCACUCUUCAAUCAAAAGUGUAUUUCUUGAUUUACUUGUUCCUCCUAUGAAAGAAGCGAACUUUUUAUUCAACCAAAACAGAGUUACAUAGGUGUUUAGUUUUGUAAAAUAUAAAAAUUUUAUGUAAGUUUUAUGUAAUAUAAAAAUUUCAUGUAAUUGUUUUGUCA